AUAACGGCUGUGCAAUGAGAAGUCAAGACAUGUUCCACGAGAGCAGGCGGUCAAGGCAAGAGUAAUCUCGACGCAACAUGCCCAACAUGUACACGCAAAUUCUCGCGGUGGGCUUGGUGGCUUUUCUAGUACUGCGAGCCAAUGGCGCUCCGUUGACAGAAGCGACCACCGUCUUGCCAUCAAGCGACACCUCAAGUGAGGAGGAAACGGCGCCCUCUGACCUGCUGACCUCCGCUCAUGUUUGGGACUCGGUUCUGGGUACCGCUAAAGAACACCAGAAAGCUUUUGAUGAUGAAUUCCAAAACAAUGUCAACUUUCAUUUACUGGAGCACUACAAAGCACCUCAGUUUCCAGCAAACUGCCCCAGCUCCAACUUUAGCAAGGAGGCUUGCCUGCACAGGCUGGCCCAAGGUCUGUCCACUUACAUAAUUCUUCUCAAGCACGUGGAGAAGGAAUAUCCCGGCAGCAGAAUUCUGCCUGAGGCCAAACACUACUCUGAACUCCAUCGCCUAGUCAUCGGAGACCUAACUCUGUGGAUCAAGUAUGUGGGGGCUAAGAAGUAUCCUCCCAAGUUGAAGGUGUGGAAGCUACAUAGCGGAGGGAAUAAAAACGAGUUUAGGGAGAAGAUUGAGCAUAUAGCAGAAGAAGUGGAGGAGAUGAUGGAGUCGGGUGGUGUGGAUGGCAAGUGGCAGGCAAUAAAGGAGGCUCUGCUUGAAGCCACAGAGGAGGACGAGGAUGGCAACAUCGUGACAGACAACAGAGAAGUGAAGGAAGUAUGGCGGAGGUACAUGGAGAAGCUGCUGAACGUGGAGAAUGAUUGGGAUGGUGGCGCCAUCACCACAGCCUGA